UUUGCUUGCCCCUACCGACACUUUUUGCAUCAUCUGCUAAACGCAUGCGCGGCGCUGAACCCAUCGGUGGCGCAAAUUCUUGGGAUCGACUGCAGGUCAUAACCCGAUUACGACGUGCGCGCCUAAAGCCUUUACAGGCCUCGUCAUUGUGUUCCAAACACGAAUCCCUUUCUUCUGUUCCCAACGGGAUCCGCACGCCCACCGACGCUGCUCUCCCUCAUCUGCAAGGCUAAGCACGCAUGUAUGACUCGCACAUCAACAGUUUACAAUUUAGUAGGUCUAUGUGAACAUCACUCGCCCAUCUAACCCAACAGCACACUGUAUCUGGACACUUACCUCCACUAAUUUCCUCGGACCUCCAUUUACUACGGCUCGUAUCAAGCCUCUUGCAGAGCCGACAUUAUCAUCCUUUUACCGUACCCAGAAUUCUUGAACAGCUGUCGAUGGGUCCCGCUUCACUAUCGUCCUUCACCGCAUAUUUUCUGUUCAUCUCUACCGUCACCACGCACACGAAAAAGAAAAAAAUCUUCAUUUAUCUCCGAUCCCUCCCGGACAUGUGUGCCUGUGUGUGUGUGUGUGUGUCACACAAGGUCCUGCUCGU